UCAGACCCUUUCAAUAACACUAAGACAGAGAAGCAGAAGAACACAAUCCACAGUCUGGCUUUACUUCUUACACUUUAGCAAUAGUACCAUUGGUUUUGUUGCGAACCCAACAAUGGCUUCAUUGCAGGAACCAUGGCUCUUGGAGAAUGGAAACCUUAAGGGCUCAAGCAAGGAGAUAAGACAUGCCAGGACCGCACACAACAUGUCAUCCUCGUCAUUGCGCAAGAAGUCAGACCUCACUCUUGUAUCGAAAGUUCGAUGUGGAAUGCUUAGACACUUGUUAACUAACCUUCAAGAGGUCAUUUUGGGGACUAAACUUACAGUUCUUUUUCCUGCCAUCCCACUAGCCAUUGCUGCUGAAUGUUAUGGCUUUGGAAGACCCUGGGUUUUUGCUUUGAGCUUGCUUGGACUGACCCCACUUGCAGAACGUGUCAGCUUUUUGACAGAGCAAAUUGCUUAUUACACUGGUCCGACAGUGGGAGGGCUCCUAAAUGCAACAUGUGGUAAUGCUACAGAACUGAUAAUAGCUAUUUUUGCACUCUGGCAACACAAGAUACAAGUGGUGAAAUAUUCACUCUUGGGUUCCAUACUAUCAAACCUACUUCUGGUUCUUGGCACCUCUCUCUUCUGUGGUGGCAUUGCCAACCUUGGAAAGGAACAAAAAUAUGAUAGGAGACAAGCUGACGUGAACGCGCUGCUUUUGCUCCUGGCAUUGCUGUGCCAUAUGCUGCCACUGCUGUUUCGGAUUUCUGCAGCCUCCGUUUCCCUCACGGAAGUCCCAAUACUGCAGUUGUCGAGAGUAAGCAGCAUUAUAAUGCUGCUUGCAUACAUUACAUACAUUAUCUUUCAGUUAGUGACACACAGGCAACUAUUUGAAGCACAAGAGGAAUCCGUGGAAGAUGGCGAUGAUGUGCUUUCAGAAGAAACACCUGUGAUAGGAUUCUGGAGUGGAAUAGUUUGGCUGGUUGGAAUGACUGCUGUCAUAGCCUUGCUGUCAGAAUAUGUUGUGGGCACGAUCGAGGAUGCUUCAGAAUCUUGGGGCCUUUCUGUCAGCUUCAUUAGCAUUAUCUUGCUGCCAAUUGUUGGAAAUGCAGCUGAACAUGCUGGAGCAGUCAUUUUUGCUUUUAAAAACAAGUUGGAUAUAUCUUUAGGUGUUGCACUAGGCUCUGCAACUCAAAUUGCUAUGUUUGUGGUUCCACUUUGUGUAAUUGUUGCUUGGAUUUUGGGCAUUGAAAUGGAUCUUAACUUCAAUCUCCUUGAGACUGGUGCUCUUACCUUAUCAAUAAUCACCACAGCCUUCACCUUACAGGACGGUACUUCUCACUACCUGAAAGGAUUGGCUCUAUUGCUGUGCUACGUUGUUAUUGGGGCGUGCUUUUUCUUAAACAAGACACCAUUGAACCAUGGAAAUGUCAUCGAUUUGGGAGUCAAGUCCGCAGCUAGAUCAGUCAUUGCAGCUUAAAUUUGUAUCAUAUGAUCAUGAACGCAGGGCUUGUCCUUCAGGAUGAAGAUUACAGCAUCAAAACAUCAUCAUCAACAGAUUGAAUGAAUUUUGUUAUUCUUUCAUCUUGUUUCAAAGGUAACUGAGGAGUCAACACCAUUGUAGCUUUAUGAAGAAAGGCUACAGCAUAUAUAUGUAAUGUAUAGGAUUUCUCAGGGUGUUUUUCGCAACCGAGUUUUUGUUUCUUGAGCCAGUAUAUAUAGAAGCUGCUGGCGUAUGGCACAGGGGUUAUCUUUACUCCUGUAUAUAUCAAUCUAAUAAAUAAAUGGAAAUUAUUUCUUGUU